AACAGCCAAAACAAAUAAACAAAGCUGCGGUGCCCUAAAAAACCCUAGCUUGCAAUCUGAGUCAUCUCAAGUCCGCCGACGCAAAGCAAAGCCUUCCGCCAUGAAGAACGGCGCCGGCGAGAAGAAAAGGAAGAAGAAGGAGCAACGGCUUCAGGCGUCGUCUUCUUCGAUGCCUCCGACAGGAAAGCAGAGGAAGAACGGCAACGCCAAGAAUGGGACCAAUAACAAACGCACCACGGAUUCCCGAUUCGCGUCGGUGCACUACGAUCCCCGGUUCCAGCGGAUGCCGAAGCGUGAAUCGAAGGUUGAAAUUGACUCCCGCUUCACCCAUAUGUUCUCGGACAAGAAAUUCGAGGCUUCUGAUGCUCCCGUCGACAAGAGAGGGAAGCGUAAGAAGAAAUCUGUGAAUCCUCUUCUCCAUUACUAUCUCAAUCAGGAGGAGGAUGGGGAGCAACAGAAGCAGCGGGAGCCUGUGAAGGAAGGUAGUGACGGUAUCGAUUCCGAGACAGAUGUUUCAGCGGAGCAAGCAGUUAAGAGCAGUGAUGUUGAUGAUGAAGAGGAGUUGAAUCGUUCUGAUUUUAGUAGCCAUGAGGAUAGUUCGUCGGAAGAUGAAGACACUGAAGACGAUGAUCGCUCAGUGAAUAGUGACAUUUGGAAGUAUCUAUUGGCUAGUCAUGAGGAUACACCUAUAAUCGAUAAUGAAACUAAUAGACUCGCUGUUGUAAAUAUGGAUUGGGAUCAUAUUAAGGCUGUUGAUUUAUAUGUCGUCAUGAGUUCUUGUCUCCCAAAGGGUGGACAAGUUUUGUCAGUGUCUAUCUAUCCAUCUGAAUUUGGGUUGAAAUGCAUGGAAAUUGAAGCAGUCAGUGGACCUUUUGCUCUAAUUGACAGUGGUAAUUCAGAUGAGGAUGAUUCUGAUAUCGACAAUGAAAAACUGCGUACUUAUGAGUUGAACAAGUUAAGGUACUAUUAUGCUGUGGUGAUUCUUGAUUCUGUUGCCACCGCAAGUCAUAUUUAUAAUAAUCUGGAUGGUACCGAGUUUCUAGAAAGUUCUAAUGUGUUUGAUCUGCGCUUCAUUCCUAAUUCGAUGGAUUUUAAGCAACCUCCUCAAGAUAUAGCCAAAGAGGCAUCGGCAGGCUACAACGGGCCAGAUUUCCAAACUCGAGCUUUACAACACAGUAAAGUCAAACUAACCUGGGAAGAAGACAAACCAGAGCGUAAAAAAUUAUUAAGAGGAAAGUUCAAUCCAGAUCAGCUUGAUGAGUUGAAUGAGUAUUUAGCAUCUAGUGGAGACAGUGAUUACGAAAAUGACAGUAUAGAUGAAGAAAAUGACCAUUUAGCAGCUUCAUCUCCUAGCAAAUUAAAAAAACGUAAGAGAGUUCAUGAAGACAGAGCUGCUGCUCUAAAAUCUGGAGAUGCUUCCGAUGAAGAGAACAGCAAUGAUGAAGAAAUGGAGAUCACCUUCAGUACAGAGCUUGAGGAUCUCGGUAAGAGGUUACUUGAGAAGAAGGAUAGAAAAUCAGAAACAGUUUGGGAAACAGUUCUCAAAAAGAAAAGUGAGAAAAGAAAGGCUAGGAGGAACCGAUGCAAGCAUUCUGAGGACGAUAGCAGUGAUUAUGAUACCAAAGAGGAUGCACCUAACAUGAGUGAUGAUUUCUUCAUGGAAGAACCCAAUGAUUCUGAAACCAUCAAGACCAGCAAGAAAAAGACCAAGGCCGAGCCAAAAAAAAAGAGAUCCAGACACGACAAGGUGGAUGAUGAAGGAUCUUUGCGAGAUAUCAAAAAGGAACAAGAAGUUAGCAGAGCUGAGCUGGAGCUGCUGCUGGCGGAUGAUCAAGGAUCUAAUAGAGGUCCUAAGGGAUAUAACAUGAAGCGCACAAAGGUUAAAGGCAAGAAAGGAAAGGAAGUGGCCCUCGAGGACAAAAUUCCUGACAUUGAUGUUAGCAAAGACCCAAGAUUCUCAGCUCUGUCCACAUCUCAUCUGUAUGCCUUGGACCCAACAAAUCCAGAGUACAAAAGAAGUGCUACCUAUGUUAAGCAAAAAAUUCGAAAGCAGAAGGGUGCAGUGUGCAUGGACACCCAACAAGAUGAUAAUGUCGUCGAACCAGAUGUUAGGCCUACUGUUUCAGUACCUGAUGAAAAGAAUGAGCUUUUAUCGACCAUACGAUCGCUUAAAAGAAAUGUUGGUACCUUGCGAGAACAAUCCAAGAGAAGAUGAUUUUGUUUUGUUUUAUCAUGAAAACGUGGGCUGCUAUCAUUUUAAGUUAGAUGAGGAUCCAUUAAACUAUAUUGAUUUUGGUACACCAUUGAGCUUUUGAUUAUGAAAUAGAUAUUGAUGCUUUAGAGAAGAAA